UUCAGGAUUACUUGGUCACAGAAUCUGAUGAAAAAGCCUCUCCGUAGAUUGGUUGGAGACCUGUCUAAUCAAGUUAAGAGAAAGGUGAACACAAACAUAGAUAAAAACCAAACGAACAAACUAAUCAGUAUCAUAAUUUGGUCCAAUACAACCUUGUUGUAGUAGACAAAAUUUCCCCUGUUCAUGAAGCCUCACCUGAAAUUGUAGACUGUCCAAUUCCACUAUUGAAUACCACAUGAGUUGUUAGUACAAGUAAAUUUUGAAGCGAAGUUUACACACGUUUUGGAUGACGGCUGUUGAGAGUAGCCAACGUGUAAAAGAAGAAAAGGAAAAGGAGGAGGAGGAAUUACGUCUACAUCCACUUCAAGACUCGUGGUGUUAUUAUUUGUUCCAGUUCAAAAAGGGACUCCUUUGGGAUGCAUGUCUAGAAAAAGUGGCAACUUUCAGCACUAUUGAGCACUUCUGGAGUAUACUCACUCAUACAAUUAGACCAAAAGAGAUAACUAAUGGCAGCGAUUUAUAUAUGUUCAAAUCUGAAAUUAUGCCGAAAUGGGAGGAUCCGAAAAAUGAAAAUGGGGGACGUUGGCUAAUCAAUGUUUCUCCACGACAAGACGUUAAUGUGUAAUUCGGUUAUUUUUUUCCAUUUCUCCCCGUGAUGUUUUGUUAUACUGCACAUGAAGAUCAUGUUUCUAUCGAUGUUAGGUAUUGGUUCAUUGCAGUAAUAUAGUUUAUUUCAGUUAUCUAACGUUUUCCCUACUAACAUUCUUGGUCGAUGUGCUUCCCAGGUAACGCGUAGAACACAGGACAGUUUCCUAUAUGGACUUACCAAUUUGUAUGUGAUCCCAGAUAAAUAAUAUACACCCAAGUCUCGACAAACUUUUCCCCUUCCUUAUUGACCCCAGUUUUUCAGCAGAAUCCAUAUGAGCAAAUGCCAGCCAUUAGCUUAUAGUCAACAAAAACAAAGUUCUCAACCAUGCAGAGCAAUGUCCUGGGCACUUGUUUCUGUCACUUGUGCUUACAUACCUUGAGUAAGCACUCUCUACUUCAGUUUGGGCAACUGGUUGGUUUUACUAGCCCUCACACAACUGAGUUGUGACUCAUAGCUGUGCACAUAAAUCCAUACUUGCCACCUAGGUAAAUCACAUUUGUAUGAACUUUAUUCACUAACCGUAUGUGGCAUCCAGCGCUGUAUCCUCGAGUUUGGUUUUCACCUCAUUGUGAUUACUGCAUUGUUUCCAAAAAGAAAGUUACUGUCACAAUAUUUGUUUCUCUUCACGAGGUUACCUGUUUUGAGUCAGUAAUGUGCACCAUAUCGCUAUUCUGCUUAUGUUUCUGAUUGUGUUCAAAUACUGUUGUCAAGUUCAUUCUAAACAUUAGUUUGCAAGUGACCUGAUAUUGGUAGUUUUUUAAGGAUUAAGGUCAGAAAUAUCUGCUCCUUUUGUGACUGCGUCUUACAUUGUUCUUCUCAACCAGAUCUUUUGUUAUUGCCAACAUUUCUGCUUAACGAUUAACAACUUGUAUUCUUGUCUCUGUAGUUUUAUUUUAACACAUAGAUAUUGGUACAAGGAGGCACCAAAUACAUAUGCACCACACAAAUCUCAUUUGAUAUGUACGAGGGCUGUGAUACUGCCCGGGUGCCCAAACCGAAGCAGGUGGUUUUCUUAGGGGGUCGCACCCGGAACCUUUGACCUAAAGGUCUGCCCCCAAAUUCCCUGGUAAGGCUGAGAGUGGAGAGAGUCCGCUCUCCCUCUCAAAAUGCUCUCACAUGGCCACGCGUAUAUAGCCUCUGCUAGGGAAGUCCUACUCAUUGCCUUCUCGUGCCGGUGUGUUGUUCACGAAUUUGAAAGGACGAAAGGCGAAUGUCCAGCGUUUUAACUGGGUUGGUGGACACUGAGAGUCCACCUAGGGGAGUUGGAAAACCCUGAUUCCAAACCAAUGGUGCACAUGGGCUCCAGUAUCCUGAAGGAGCAAAUGGCGUAUGAACCAAUCGUUGGUCACCGGCUACCAUGGGACUGCAUGUCCUUACGGUGCUCCACUGCCUUGUGUCUCUGUAGAGAGCGAGUCUCAUCCUACCUAAUCAACCAGCAGCGUUGGACCUAUCAUAACUGUACAUCAUUUCGAGUCGAAAAUUUCGCAGGCGAUGCUCGGAAAUAUGGCAUAUUGCCUAGUCGUCAGUUACACUAUUUGGCGCUAAGUUUUCACGUAAUCAUUUCCUAGUCACUGACAGUUACUGCGUGUACGGUUCAUUUCAGGAACCUUGGUUUUUUAAGACAAAUCUGGUCAAUAUUUUCCACGGAAAUUAGUGCGACAAAAAUUAUUUUGAGUCGGUAGAUGCAUAUUGAGCAAUGCGAUUGCAGACACCUUGUGAACACAUCUGUAAGUCACUGAACUUAUCAAAUGAUCAAAUCUUCGGAUUGUCCCAUGGCUGUUAAAACCGAUAUAUUUGUCGAGGUUGUUUUCUGUGGGUCGGCAAAAUACUAGGUUAGGUUUGCUAGGAGUAAAGUCCUCUAAUUAUGAAUCUGUAAGCACUUCUUUCUUUGGCUCCCUUUUACAAUUGUUGAUAAGUGUUAUUCGUGGUCUUAAUAUGUGCACCCAACUCUAGGUCACAUAUCUUUUUGUUUGGGUCUUUUUCUUUUCCCUUGAGGAUUCCAAGUCAGGGUUUGCCUUGUGAUGUGGUUUGGUAGUUUUCACAAAAUGUGUCCUCCUUAAUUCCCUCCUCAAGUGACAGCCAGUUUGUUUUCUACCACAGUAUGUUUUUGCAGCUGGUCUCUGGCAGAGAGGUUUUGCGUAGGCAUCUGUUAAUAAAUUCCUGUGUUUUCUGAUGAUGGUGAUGGUUCUUCAGAUUCCAGCUCCAUACAAUGAAAAUUUUAAGCUAGUUCUAAAAAUUCCGACUUUAGUCUUAGGCAAAAGCUUUUUCGAGUUCCAGAUGUUAUUGACCUAUAGAAAUGCUACUUUUGCGCUACCAGUCCUCGCUUUAACAUCUAUGUGAAAUCCAUCUUCAUCGAUGAUGGUGCCCAGACAAGUGAAACUCUCCACCUCUUCAUGAGCUGUGUUGUAUUUCAGGAUCUUGCUUUUUUACUUCUGAGUUUUCAAGUCUAUUUCUUCGAAAGCCUCUAGUUGUCUUCGUCUGCAUAUGUUGCUGCGCAUACCUGGCACUGAUCUUUACUGCAAGCUGCCAACCAUGUUCGACCUUGCACUUCAGUCCCCUGUGGGAGUUUCGUAUGUUGGUAAUCUCAGAAACUUCAUACUGUUGACAAAGAUUCCAGUGCUUUUUUAUCCUACCUACCGAAUGCUUUUUCAUAAUCAGGGGAGUUGACGUAUAGUGAUGAGUUACAUUCAAACAGUUCUUCAAAAAUGAUCCACAGUGUCGCAAUCAAUUCUUACGAAAGCCAACCUGUUUGUCACUAAGUUAAAAGUCUACUGGGUCUUUCAUUAGGUUCAGCAACACUUGAAAACUGCCUGAUAUAAACAAGUGUAAUGCCUCUCUAGUUUUCACACUCACUCGUCUUUCAUCGGUCUUUUGAAGAGGUAUCCGUCUUGCCUGUCUGUUGGCACUUGUUUUUUCCUUCUCAAAUCUAUAUGAAGAGAACGUGGGUUAUCUUUGGAACCGCCGCGAUGUAUGGCUUUAAUACCUCAGCCGGUAUGCUCUCUGGUCCUGUUGCUUUGCUAUCCCAGAUUUUUCAGACGGCGUUGUUAAUUUCCAUUGUUGGUGCAUUUUACAGAGUUUUGUUUUCAGGGAAAAUUACCUUUUCGUUUAAAUUUUGACAAUUUUUGUAUAGGAUGUUUAUAUCUUCCAUUCCAGCUUAUGGGAUGAAUUGUUGAUGCUUCUGAUCGGUUCCGACUGGGAUACAGAUGAAGAGGAUAAACAGAUAUGUGGAGCAGUGUUCCAACCACGGGCUCGGGGUAGCAAGCUUUCAGUUUGGCUGACUAGUGACAAUGAAGAAGAGACUAUCGUAAGAAUUGGGAAGCGAAUUAAAGAGCGUUUAGAAUUAGAAGAUACAAUAUACUUUCAACCUGUUUCUGAUCAACGAUCACAGACUAGAGGCAGGGAUAUUUGUACUGGAAAAUAUGAAAUUUAGUUCUAUGUUAUUGCACUAACAUUUGUUUUGCAUUCCUUAUACUUCUCUUAGCCGAAUAAGGAGAUUUUGUACAUGUUUUCUUUAAUCUCCCAUUUUUCCAUCGUUUUAAUCUUAAUAGAGGCAUUUAUUGCUAUCCAAUAAAAGAUUGUUUUAUAGAUCACAAGAUUAUGUUCCAGCCUUGUUUCCAUAAUUCCUUUCCGGAUUAAGGGUAUUGUUCUUACCGUUUUGUUAAUUAGCUAUCCUAAAGAUAAACAAACUAUGUAGAAUAUGCCAAUUUUGUCAUUUCGAGAAGCAGUUAUAUGAGUAAUAUUCCCGAAGUUAGUAAAAUUCUUUGAAAUACGAUUUGACUUUCCUUAGUAUGUGGGUAAGUGUUCAGUUCUAUCAAUACAUAGUCGUGUUAUACUGAAAGUUGUCUAUUUUGUUCAAUAUUAGAUUUGUUACACAGUGUGGAAACCAUAGGCGCUUUACUUUAUUAAGUGUCCUGGCCCAAUCAUGUUUAUUAACAUGAGCUUUAUGUAUAUUCUGUCUUAAACCAUAUUUAAAUGGUACAUUUACUCGUUCAGACUUGAUGAUUUCCUGUUUGCCAUGAAUUGGACAUUUAGUGAGUUAUUACACAUCCAGUUUCUGAAUGGCUUUCACUAAUUUAAUUACAUCACAAAACAUGGAGACCACUAAAAGGCAAGGUUUAUGGAGAUUUUUUAAUGAUAUUUUGCUGAUGCAAAUUAUAAAGGAAUAAAGUGCAGUACUUUUCAGACACUUAGCUAACGUCUAGUGGUAUUUUCUUGAUUGGAAUAUCAGAAUUAGAUCAAUCAACUGCUGUGGAAAUUUCCCAGCAACUGGUGCUCUUUUAUUUAUUCGAACUAUAUUCACUUGGAUUGUGAAACAUGUAUAUGUUUUAAAAGUUUAACAACAAUUUAAUAUUGUUUAUAGAAGAAUUCGAUGUAAGAAACGUUCUUUACCUUGAAGGCACUCAGUGGGAUUAUCAUUAGAGAUGCCUACACAAAGAUAUCUGGACUUCACUGCUGUAUAUUUUAGUGAUUUAUAAAUUUUGUCGGAACAUUAACGUUCGAAGGUGUGUAACUUCGGGGCAUACCAUUCUUCAUUCUUUGCACUUGGAGGUCCUGGUCACGAAAGUUGGAUUUCAAAGUAAUCUAGUUCAAGGAUGGUCUUUGCCAUUACCGGAACCAAUGGAAAGUGAACUCAUUAAAUUAUUUGUAAUAUAUGACCAUCUAAGUAUGCUCAUUCGCAACCCUACACGGGGUUGGACCCAGGAGCGGGUUUAUUGAGUAGCAUCUUACCAUUUAGCAACCAAACUUGAAUUCACUGCUCACUAAUCGGAACUUUAGUCGACCCGUAUAAGGACCGGGUGAAAUACUUGCCUACAAGUUAGUUGAAAGAGGGUUUUUAAUGGAGUGUAGGUUUACGAAAUUGAUCGUUUAAAUAGUAACCACAGAGACUCACUGAAUGGAGCAAAGAUUUCCAUGGCAGAACAAAUCUUACUCAUGCAGUGAAAUACUUAAUAUUCGUAGUGAUUUGGUGAGUAUGCAUAUUUAUGAGAGCUUGACUUAUCAGUUGUUUACGUUCUAAAUUCGUGAAUUCUUUAUAGGUGUUUAAUUGGAGCUUCUCUUCUAAUACGGCGUUCAAACCUGUAUUGAUGAAUAGACCUUGAUGCAGUAACUUAAAUUUCAGGCUUUUACAGUAAUUUCACUGUUGCUUCUGAUUCCGAUAAACUAAAAGUAUGUACAUGAAUUGCAUUUUCAGUGAACAUCAACUCCGAGGUACAGAUGCUUCCAGUUGACGAGUCCCGAGUAAGACCAGGCGCACGUACUGGAUUACACUGCUAGCCACUAUCCAUCUUGCCCCCAAAUGCCCUGGUAUUGCCGAGAGUGGGAUGGACCCGCCCUCCCCCUCGAAAUGCUCUCACAUGGUCACGCGUAUAUAACCUCUGCCAGGGAAGUCCUACUCACUGCCUUCUCGUGGCGGGGGUGUUGUUUACGAAAAUGAGAGGACGAGAAGCGAAUGUCCGGCGCUUUAACCGGAUCCCAAACCAGUGGUGCACAUGGGCUCCAGUAUCCUGCGGGACCAAAUGGCGUAUGAACCAAUCGUUGGUCACCGGCUUCCAUGGGACUGCAUCUCCUCACGAUGCUCCACUGCCUUGUGGAUCAAACUUUUAGGUCAAAGGGCAUACAACCACAUUUCUCCAUUGUUCCAUUCAAGCAGUGGGGUUAGGCAGGGUUGCCCAAUCUCACCAUUCCUCUUCAACUUUGCCAUCGUGUUCGUGUAUCUAGGUAGCUGCAUAAGUGCUGGUGGUGGCGUGAGUGAUGAGAUCAAUUCACGUAUAGUGAAGGCCAGAGCGGCUCAUGCCAAUCUGGGCCACCUUUGGCGCCUUCGUGAUGUCAGUCUUGCUGUAAAAGGUGGGGUCUACAACGCGUCGGUUAGAGCAGUUUUGCUCUAUGCUUGUGAAACCUGGCCUCUCCGAGUUGAGUACGUUAGACGACUCACUGUGUUUGAUCAUCGUUGUCUCUGAAGGGUUGCUGACAUCCCAUGGCAACACCAUGUUAGUAAUGCAGAGGUUCGGUAUCGUGUGUUCGGGCGCAAUUGGUGUCACCAUCUUGAAACACCGACUUCGGUGGCUUGGACAUGUUCUACGAAUGUCGUCCCAGAGAAUUCCACGUCGUGCAUUAUUUGCCGACUCUGGGACUGGUUGGAAGAAGCGGAGAGGUGGUCAGUGCAUGACAUGGUGUCGUGGUAUGAAAGAAAGCUGCAAAGGACUGGCUUGUGUCGGUCCUUCACGACUCCUUGUUUAGGGUCCGAGAGAUGGUGCUACACAGUGGCUAGAGACGUUAUCAGAUAUGGCUCAGAAUAGAAGCCAGUGGCGAUCCUGAUUUAACCUUUUACUUUUUUCAUAAAAUGUGGUUGUAUCUUCCUUAAUUGAAAGAUUUCUUCAGAUUGUACCUUUCCGUUUCCCCCAUUAUUAUUAUUAUUAUUAUUAUUAUUAUUAUUAUCAUUAUUAUUAUUAUUAUUAUUAUUAUUAUUAUUAUUAUUAUUAUUAUUGCUCUGCCUGACACUAAUCUGUGGUCGUUAUUGUUCAUCCUCCUUUCUUAUACGCUCCUUACCUUUUUUUCUCUUCCCAUUCUCAUUGUUUUUUGUGGCGCAUGUAUGUUUGGUGCCCCCUUGUACCAAUAUUUAUGUGUGCAAAUAAAUAAAUAAAAAGACAUUAAACCACGUCAAUUAUUUACACAAUCCGACGCUGCUCUCCGAGAUAUUUCUCCAUUAGUUUCCAUACUACUGAUAGCUGGCAAGUAGUGCAGUGUAGUUUCAUUAGGCUGACCUCAGUAGUCGAUAUAACAUUGAUAGAAGUGACGUGUGUGCUAAUAUACUUACAAAUUUUGGCGGGUAUGAAUCUGAGAAAAAAUGGUGCUGUGUUUACUGGUUACUAGUUAUUUACAUCCCCAGAAGUUUAAUCUAUGUGAUUAUAAUGUCAACCGUAUUUAUGGGAUAAUGAGGCUCGAUGGUAGAAACAAAACCUAGUGGACAGUUACACAAGGUAAAAAAAAUAGCAGGGAUAUGAUUAACUAUAAGAGACAGCAUGAUCCUUGUUCGUUCACUCAGUAAAAUCGAAUAUGCAGCCAACUCUUUCUAAAAGCGGAAAAUAGACAAAUGUACGUAUGGAAAAGGUAUCAGUGCAGUAAGUUUAUGUUAUGGUAUGGUUUAGUUGGCUAAAGCUGAACUGAAAAUCAUAGGGAAGGUUUAUACUUGUUGACUAGUUGAUCAUAUCGCUUUUCGUAGAUCUGUGAAGAGCUUUAUCAAUUGAUGACCAAUAGGUGAAUUCUGUAAUCUUUGACAUAUAAAGCAGAUUUCAUUAUUUUAAAUCUUAUAAAAUUAAUUUAGAUACCAGAGAAAUAUAAUAAUUUGAUAGCAGUUUACUAAACUUUGGAAUUUAUGCCAAAAAAUCUUUUGCAAUUAGAUAUGCUUUAAAACUCGGAGUAACUGGCAACAUGCUAAUAUCCUUACAGAUUCAACUGUAACUUGAUAAACAAAUCCUUUAAGUAAAGAGGACGAAUACUUCAAUAAUAAUAAUAAUAGUGUUGAUAAUGCUUAUGAUUCGAAUUAAUUCUGAGUAAUAAUUAAAUCCAUUAUCGUUAUUAUCACUUUCGUCCAACUACCAUUUUAAACUAGUUCGUAUAUCAUAUGAUAUGAAUGGUGGAAUAAUGCUUAACAUUUGAUUAUUUUAGUACGUUUUCAUCACUAUUUAUCAGAUAGUAUCCAUAUGCAUUUAUAAUUGGAAUAACUUUUUAAAAUAUUAAUUUGGUAAUGUAUGUUAGCUGUUUAGUUUUAUUAGGAAAAUGUGAUUGUUUAGAGAGGAUACUACAUUGAAGGAUGAGUCCAAUUUGAAG